AGGAAGUUGAUUUUAAAAAGCCACCUGAAUUCGUAUUAUGUUUCAGAGAUCAGGCGGAAAGAAACUUAUCUGACUGUACGAUGUGGCUACCGGAAUGUCAUGUCCUUGAAGUUUCGGGAUAGUACUAAUGUAUAUUUAACCCAAACAUCGUGCGCUGGAGAAAACACUAACGUUAAUCCCCGAUGAGGGAUUUGAACAUUUCAGCAAAUCCGUUCAGGGAGCUUGUACAACUGCAUUCGUUUUGGACACGUUUUCGAGCCGUCGAUUUUUAACGAUAUGCUACAUUAGUCAGAUAAUACAGCUAAAUUCUUUCCACUCUCAACCGACUGAUCACACUUCAAUUUGAGGAUCGACGUUAUCCAGUGCAUUUAGAUGGGUUACGUUUACAGUAGACUGUUAUGGUACGACUGGCAAAUGCCACAUAUAGCGUGAUUUUUGAUGUUUUGUGACCAUGCAAUUGUAUUUUCAGUGUCUCUCUGCGUGCCUGCCGCUCCAGUAGGGUACAAUGUAGACUAGCCUAUACCCCAGCUGAAGUAUCUAGCUACAGUACUUCUACAGUGAACGAUGCGAACGGACGUGGAAUACAGUCCGGUCGGCGAGGGAUUGGGGAUGAGCGAGUUUUGGCUCUAUGUGUGGAUGCGGAGAGUGGCGGUGAUAGCUGCACACGUCACCUCCUUCGGAUUUACGAUUUUGAUAUGUGUACUGUCCCAACCAGGAACAAGUCUCUUCUCUUGGCACCCUGUAUGCAUGUCUUUCUCCUUUUGUCUGUGCAUGACAGAAGGGAUCCUGCUCUUCUCCACGGAGAGCUCGCCGUUCUGCUUUAAGUCUCGUAAGGGGAAAGUGCGUCUGCACUGGUUCCUGCAGGCCCUCGUGGUGGUGGGUGGGGCCACGGGCCUGGGCUUCAUGGUGGCCAAUAAGAGGCUGUCGCAGCACCCCCACCUGGCCUCGUGGCACAGCCUGCUGGGGGUGGGCACGCUGGUGGCCACCACCCUCCAGGCAGCCUGCGGCCUCUGCCUGCUCUGCCGAGACCUGCUCAACAUCUCCUCCCACGCCCGACUCCGGCUCUACCACGCCACCUGCGGACUGCUGGCCUAUCUCCUGGCAACCAGUACCGUGGUACUGGCCAUGUUCACCGACUGGUUCCAGGCCACCGUGAAGGGCCUGCUGUGGUACGUCUUCCUGCUGCUGCCCCUGUUCCCAGCGCUGGUGGUGAUGAACCAGAUCACCAACGCCUACCUGCCCAAGAAGAAGAUCACUACCUGACCGGGGUCUCCUGCACUCUCAGAGACGGUGUGGAUGUGCGGUCUGGUGUGCGGUCAAACAUGGGGCCCACACCUCACAAACGUGGCAUUUAAAUCUUCCCUUCCGAUCCCACUUCCUCCCUGGGAAAUUUUGCACAUUCUAGCACAUUCUGUGUGAGUAUCCAAAACGUGAUGUUACAUUUCUUGUCGGGAUUUUAACUGAAAACUAAGGGCUGCUUUCAGCACAGUGUGACAUGGUAACUAGGGAACAAAUUUGAAAUUUGUCAACUUGUAUUUUAAUCACCAGGGUAUUUUCUAUUAUUUUUGGUAUUAUCACUUUAUUGCUACAUUCAUGGGCAGAUGGAUGAAGGUUCGAGAGGCGCAAUGAGUUGGAAUCUUCCCCUGAGACUGAAUUUGUUCUGAGCCAAGCCUAUUUUUACUGACGCCUGCACACAGAGGCAUUUUGAAUGUAGCACUGAAAUGUCUAAAGCUCUGCCAAGACAUCACAACAGAAACAAAAUGGAGGUUAUGAGUUCUCAGCAGAUGAAUCAGUCUACUGAAAGGGACUGACAUUCCCUUUGGCAUACAGGGAACCAAUUUUGAAUUCUUAUUCAUUCACCCAGAUCAAUGUUUACAAGGGGGCUGCUGUUUGUCUGAAAUGGCCAUGUCAAACAGCCUUCAACGGACACUUGCAUCAAUAACUAAUUUAAUAUGCGCAUUACUUAAUACAUUCAAAGCCAUGUUAGACCAGAGCCAGGCUCAUCUGCACACAAUGCUGGUGAUGUCAUUGGACCUAUGGGAGGUCAGAGCUGUAACAGCUUGUGGGAGGAAGCUGGAGGUAAGGGGCAUUAGUUUUCCCUGCACUGUGAUGGCUCAUAGGCACCAGGCAGGUAUUUAAUCUGAGCACACACAUGUGCACUUUGCACAUGAUGGAUAUUUAAUUAAGGACUAUUUAUUUAUGCAGUUCAUGUGUCAUUGGUCACUUCCAGUCAUGUGAUAGGCCAAGCAAAUAUAGGGCAAAAUCAGUACUCCUUAAUGCUUCAUGAAAUGAAAUGUACAAAAAUAAACCAGAGGUUUUAAUCAGUUAUCGGAGUACUGAAAAAAUGGUUGUUGUAAAAUUUGUCAGAUGUCGUCAAAGCUGCUAGUAUAAGGCAUCUACAGCAAAACAGGUUGGAUUAUGAUUCCAUAAUAUUAUCACACUGCGAGUGUGUUUAAAUUCACACAGUGAAAUGUUAUGUAAUUGUGGCCGGGGUUUCAGACGGGCAGUAUGACCGUGUCGUUGGGCGUCUGUCGAGUUGCGCGUCUUCCUCUGAUUCAGACCUGCGGGCCCGGCGUGUAAAUUGCACCGGGGUCCGAAGCAGCGGCUGACACCACACUGCGCAUAUGACUCACACGUGUGUGUGUGUGUGUGUGUCACACGGAAUGAGCACUGCGGUGUGAGGAGGGUGGAGCGGUCCAUACUGGGGUGCGGGGAGGGGGAUUUAUAAGUAAGAAAUGUAACUGAAAUCCAUCCAUUAAGGGCUGUUUUAUCUGCUGUGUUCAUUCUUCAGAAAUGAGAGAAUGGGCUCGGAAGCAGUUUUAUGUUCCUGCUCACUGCAAGGCUUCAGGUGCAGAGCCUACCUCACGCAGUGAGACCCCUACUGUAACCAAAACAUCGCAAUGCUAUCG